GAUUUAUACUUUGGUGUAGGAGCAAGGUGUAGACCAAUCGGAUCUAAUUGCAUUCUUUCUUGAGCUUAGUUUUCAUACUACUGGUGAGGUAUGCCUUCUACAUCUCUUCUCCUGUAUUUGUAUGAAUACUUGCUAGAGGGAUUUAUUUCAUUUCUUGAAUAAGAGUGUAACCUCAAUGCUCUAUUCUUGUUUGGCUAAUACUUCUUGUCCUUGCUAGACUCAGACCUAAAUUGACAAAUGUUGUAAAUGCAUAAUUACAUUUUCUUACUUGUGUGCACAACGGCUUCAAUCUUAUUGCAAUGCUUCUUGAGUUUCUUAGAACCAGAAUUACAUGACAUUCCACAUUCCAAAAAUUCCCAAUCUCACUUUAUUGCUAUAUGAUGUCUUCAUCUUGUCACAGGCAUAUAAUACAAAUACACUAACAGAUGAUCAAAAAAGUAUGAUCAAGGCCCUUGCAGACUUGGGAUUGGUCAAAUUUCAGCAGGGCAGGAAAGAGAGUUGGUUUGUACCAACUAAAUUAGCCACAAAUCUUUCAUUAAGCUUGACAGAUUCAGCAUCAAGGAAAGAGAUUAUCACAUUUCUUCAGCAGAAUGCUCAUCCUCGAGUAGCUCAGCAAGUACCAUCCGUUCCUGAAAAUGUCACAGAUCAGAUAAGAUUAUGCGAAGCUGACUUGAAUAGAGUUGAGAUGGCUCCUGCUCAUUAUUAUAAUGAAUCUCCUUCAAGGAUAACCUCAAGCAUCUUUUAUAUGAAGUCUACGAGGCAGCAUGCGAAUUUGCUCGGGGGUUUGGUGGUUUGCCAUGGGAGGAUGCUAAAAAAAUGUGCAUAGUUGUCAACGCAGAGAUCCACAUGCACAUGAGAGAGCAUCUAUGUGGUCAAAACAAUUAAAACAUAUUUAUCACU